AGUCCAGUGAGUUCUUUGUGCUGGAGCCUGACUGGCAGCCUACUACAAGGUUUCUCAUUUACGGUCAGGCAGGGGCAGAGAUAAAACCGCUGGAGCCCCCCCUCAGGGCUGCUGCAGGAGUAGACAGGAAACGAGAACGGAAGAACCACUCGACUGCUCACGGAGUUGAGAAGAGGCACAUGACUCCUCUCUCAAAGGGAUAAACAUUUCAACAGUGAAAGGACUGAAAACAUCUUAAAUAAGGAUCACUGGAUGCGCAGGACAGCUUUCACUUACAGAGAAAAAGGACUUUGGAUACUAAUGCAGGUAUUUUGUGGAGUUGCUGUACACUUUGCAAUAUUUCAUUACAAAACCACACAAACUGAGCAGUCUUCAGUAUUUCAGGAGUGUUCUUCCUAUCCAGAGGAAAUGUAGAUUGUCCCUGCCUGCUGCACAUGGUUGGAUCAACAAGCUGGACUUGGAUUUUUAUGAAUAACACAAGUGCACAAUUGAGGAGGUGGUUUGAAAAUGUAUAAUAUUACCACACAAGAUUAUACCGUCAGUGCACUAAGCAGCACUAACAAUUUCACGCCAUGCAACAAGAACGACGACUUCAAGUAUCCUCUGUAUAGCACCGUUUUCAGCCUGGUGUUUGUCGUUGGAUUUUUAUUCAACCUGGUGGCUGUAUACAUUUUUGGCUGUACACUGAAGGUGCGGAAUGAGACCACAACGUACAUGAUAAACCUUGUGGUUUCAGACUCUCUCUUUGUCCUGAGCCUGCCUUUUCGGAUCGUUUACUUCAUUAAACGUGACUGGGUAUUCGGAGAUGUGCUCUGCAAGAUCUCUGUGGCCCUGUUCUACACCAACAUGUAUGGCAGCAUCCUCUUCCUCACCUGCAUCAGUAUUGACCGUUUCCUGGCCAUUGUGCAUCCGUUCCGGUCCCAAACAAUUCGUACUAAGAGGAAUGCCAAAUUGGCCUGCUGUACAGUGUGGGUAAUGGUUCUUUCUGGAAGUAUACCCACUGGGUUCCUCUUGGACACCACUUCACCCAAAAACCAGAACUCUUCCUCAAACUACUGCUUUGAAAACUACUCAAGAAAACAGUGGAGGGCUGAGCUGUCCAAGGUGGUGGUGUUUAUUGAGACUGUGGGCUUCAUCAUCCCAUUGUUGCUCAAUGUCUUCUGCUCGAUCAUGGUGCUACGGACACUGAGGAAACCCCAAACCAUCACCCGUGGAGGGAACCUCAACAAGACGAAAAUCUUGAGGAUGAUCUUCGUGCAUCUGCUCAUCUUCUGUUUCUGCUUUAUUCCCUACAAUGUUAAUCUCAUGUUCUACGCCAUGGUGCGCUCCAAAAUCCUAAAGGGAUGCGACGCAGAACAUGUGGUCAGAACCAUCUAUCCCAUUGCUCUGUGCAUAGCAGUGACCAACUGCUGUUUUGAUCCGGUCAUUUACUACUUCACUUCAGAGACCAUUCAGAGCUCCAUCAAACGCAAGUCCAUGGCACGGCACAACGGUGCCAGGCUAUUUGACAGACUACAGACGGACAGCACACAAAGCAGUCCAAAUAUAACACUCAAAAACCUGACACUGAGGUCUAUGAGAUCCACGUUUGACAACGAGUCCACAGUCUAAUGAAAACUCUGUUGUGGGACAUGAAUAAUAAAUUCAUGUCUGCUGGUGAAAAUCGAUUUGAAUCUGAGGACGUAGGUGGAACCAGAGUGACUUUGACGAUCUUCAUAUCAUCAACACAGUGUUUACUAAGAAGUCACUCUCUCGUCUACUGGACUCCACAGAGACUUCAGACUGGGAGUUAAGACACUAAACCCUCUUCAGUCAAUAAAAGAGCAGAACAAGUCAAAGAGAAAACAUUUGAAAAUAUUCAACUGUGCUGCAGCAUAAAGACGCUUUAUUGGGCUGCCUAUUCACAACACGCAAGUUAGAAAACUCUUUAGUCUUUUGAGUUUAUAAUGUGUAUUUGUGGAAAUGACAGGUGUAGAAGCCGUAGGCAUGCGUACAGUGCUGCAAAUAAGUAUCAGCUUUUGCACAUAAGACAUUAUAAUUGUAGUCUUAUUCCUCAGAGCAGAUUCUCCUUUAGCAAAUUCUGCUUUGGCAAUGCUGAACCAGUAUUACAGCUCUUUUUUUUUAUGUGGCGUACUGUGCAAUUUAUAAGUAGUUGUGGCCUCACUGCACCUUGUAAGCACUUUAUAGAGCAGCAUGUUCUAUAACAGCUUUUAAGCCCUUACACGAAAAGUGAAUAAAAGAGUUGUGCUUAUGAAAUGUUUUUUGAGUAUGAAAUUACCUACUUGUUGAUAGAGUGGGGCAUGUUGUGAAAUAUUUGACAUCAGCAGGGUAUCAGUUUUUCAUAUGCAACUCUUUUUGGGUGCCAAAUCAUUUGUCUAGAGUGAUUAGUCAUGCAAGUACCAACAACACAUUUACAGCUACUAUUGGCCGGUGUCACGAAUGAGUCAAUGUGUUUUAAAAUGUAGAUUACAGGUGUGGUCAAUAUUUGACAGUUGCACUGCGUCAGCUAACACUGCACUUACAGUGUCUACAGUCUUAUCUAAGAGGUUGUUUCUCUAGAAAAUUUUGAAACGUUAAAAAUGAGUUUCAGACUUAAUUUUUAAGUUACUGAAGUUUGAUGAGAAUAAUUUAAAACAAUGGAAGCCAAACUGACUUCAUGUCUGUUUUUUAUCAACUGAUAGAGAAGGGAAAACACACCCCACAGUAUAAAUGGAAAAUGGUGCAGCAUGAAUAUUUGUUCAUUCUUGUAAAAGCUGAGCGCUGCAAGACUGAGCGCUACUGCAUUCCUGUUGAGAGGCUUAGCCUGAGGGUCUGCGCUGACAGGGGUAGACUCAUCACCACCACUGCGCUGGAUUGUGAAACCUAAGCAGGCGAGCGACAACAUGCCUCUUGAGGGAGAAGUACGUUUGCAAAAUAGAGCACAGUGAUGGUUGUUACAAUCAUGAGAUAGAUUUGGUGAAUAAUCCGGAGUGUUAACUUAAAACUGGCAUCCUUGAGACAAAUGAAACAGUUAGCAGUGUCUUAAGUCUUAUGUUGCCUUGUUUGAGCUCCUUACACAACAACGUAUUACAAAUAGGCUUAUAAUCAAGAUGCAGCUGGACUUUCUCCACCCAACACAAAUAAAAUAUUUGCACUGGAUUAAUAGCAGCAAAGUAAUUCAGACUCAAAGCUGACAUGAUGAUCACACAGCCGGAUAUUGAUAUAAUUUAGUGUAUGCAAAGAGGAUUUAUUUAUUUCAUUUGUAAUGAAAAUCAUAACACGAAGGUAAGAUUUAUUUUAAUGAGCGCAGGAGAAUAAAUCUUGACCAGUUAUUUCUCUUUCUUUCAUAUGUUCAGGUGUGUAUUUCUGUCUAAUUCAAAUUUGUCUCACAAGGGCCAAGUAGUGUGUAGCUAACUAAGUGCCAUACCAGCCUAAUAUUCCCCAAAUUACGACUGUUCAAACAGAGACUUGAUAAGUGAAACCCCACUUUACUUAUGUCCGAAUUUCCAUCCAUCCAUCAAAUUGAUUAGUGAAAAUCUGAUGUGAAUAAAAGAUGAAUUACUGCUUCUCUCAGGUGCAAAGACUAACAUACAUUUUUAUCAGAGUCAAAAGACUUGUCCUGAAGGUUUUGACUUCAUUUCUGACGAAUUAUGACACAUCAAAUUGUUUGUCUCUUGGGCUUUAAUAGCCAUGGACUGUGAUCUACACUAACUUGUUGUUCCCUUAGGGCACCGGUCCCGAGGUUGACACACAAGAUGACCGUACUUACCUGCUGAAUGGUUACAGCACUUUCUUUCAGUGAAUUAUUGCCAUUUCUUUAUCUAACUGUCUGACAAAUACAGUUAAUG